ACUUAUUUUUUAAAACUUUGUAAAAUGGAGGGAACAAGUACAGAAAGUGAUUUUUGCGAAAUGGAAGGAACGAGUACAGAAGUUGAUUCCUGUGAAUUAGAAGAACCGAUAUCCAAACAAGAUCCUUAUAUAAGAAAAGCUAAAGAGCAAGGUUGGAGAUCCCGAAGUUGCUUCAAGCUCUUGCAAAUCGAUGAGAAAUUUGGUAUAUUGAAAGGUGUUAAAAGAGCAGUUGAUUUAUAUGCAAGCCCCGGUAUUUGGACUCAAGUACUUUCGAGGAAAUUAGCAAUGGGGGAGACUAUUUAUAUGAAUGAUAAAUGUUGUUUGUUCUAUAAUGAUCUUGCAUUACAUCAGAGACUGGAAGCGCAGGAGAAGCCAGAUUACAACAAAGACAAUGAAGUUAUAAUUGUUGCCGUUGAUGCUUACGGAAUUCCUCCAUAUUCAGGUGUUGUUCAAAUAAAUGGAGAUUUGGCACAGUAUUCUACAGCAGAACUAAUUUUGAAACAAUUUGAUGGAAAUAAAGCAGAUUUGGUAGUAUGCGGUAAACUUAUCGACCACACAGGUUUGCAUUGCAUAGAUGUAAACUUUCAGGCAAAUCACAUGGUGCUUGUUAUACAUAUUACUUGUCAUGUUCUGCGGAAUGGAGGAACGUUAGUAGCGGCCAUUUUUAAAGAAAGCGAUAAUGAUUUUCUUAAAUCCCAAUUGUCUUCAUUAUUUAAAGAAGUUGACUUUUUCAGACCUAAAAGUAGUAAAACUUCUGCAAAUGAAAUUUUUGCUGUUUGUAGACAAUAUACGCCACCCGAUGGUUUUGAUCCUAAACUCAUGGAGCCUUAUCUAGACUUUUGCAACAAAGAUUUUAGUCCACUUAAAGGUAUAAAUAGAAUUAUAAUUCCAUUUCUUUUAUGUGGGGAUGUUAGUGCGUUUCCUCUUUCUCCAGAGGACGAAAAGCUAUAUGUAAGUAAAUUUACCGAACCAUUUCCACAAGAUGAACCGUGUUCUUCUAGAAGAAGUUUCAGAAAGAAAGAUCUAGAUCAUUAUAUAGAAAAAAUUAAUGAAGCUAUAAAAAGUGUGGGGUUAGAAAGCGGCCCUGACCUUUCCGAAAUGGAAAUGAUUAAGAAAAGAAGUAGUGAAUUAGGCGCUACUAGCAAAGUUAAAGAUGAGAACGAUCAGCCCUUCCAUAAAGAUAAUUCGAAUGAAGGAGAACAAAGUGUUUAUGAUAAUGGACCUCUUUUUGACCUUAUACAGAAAACGACCAAAAUUAAGAAGUAUCCACCUGAGACAGAUGACACUAACACUGCUACAGCCGAAAGCGAAUUACAAUUCUUGUAUGAAGAUGAAUCUACAGAUCCUGAAAUGAUUAGAGAAUGCUUAGAACGUGUUAGUGCAAAAUCUUCUACUUGUACUUGUGAACAUUUUCCUUAGAUUUCUUUUUAAUUCACUUUUUGUCUGUUUUACUGAAAUAUUAAAUAUAUUAUUCCUGUGUAUCGAUUAUGUGUAU